AUGAUGGGUAUAGCAGCAGGAUUAGCUACUACGGGAAAGAUUCCUUUUACUGGCCUCUCCUUAGGCGAAGAUGGCGCCACGCAUCAAAUUUUAGAGGAUAUUGGUCUUAUGAAUAUGCUGCCGGGAAUGACGGUCAUAAAUCCUUGUGACUUUGAGCAAACAAAGGCUGCGACCAUUGCCAUUGCUCAGUGGGAUGGACCAGUUUAUCUUCGUUUUGGCAGACCAUCAUGGCCAGUCUUUACAGAAGGGAAGGACUUUCAAAUAGGAAAAGCUCAGAUUUUGAGGGAAGACGUUAGAGGAAACUGGGAGGCUCUGGAACGAAUGAUCGCUGCAGGACAAGAAGUUGUAAGUCAUAAUAUGGAAACGGUACAAGAGCUCUACAGGAAGGUUCGUCCACAAGCCAAAUAUUCGAGAUCACUUGAGCAAAUCAAGCGCACCAAAGAUCUGGGCAAAAGAACUAAAUCAGGUGUCAUGGUGCCACCAGAAAUAAAGCUUGCAGAAAAGUCUCGCGAGCUGACCUUUGAGAAGGUCAACAUUGAUAAAGUUAUUCUACAAGAAACACGGGUGCUUCCUCAAGAACAAAAGGAACAGGUGCAACUUUUAUCUCGUCUCUCAAAUGAGGCGAAAUUAGAUUCAUCUAAUACGUCCUAUACUGAGGCUUUGGCGUCAUUUUGGUUUCGUGAAGGGAAGGCGCUUUUGUCCGCUCACUAUGCUGGAGUUUUGGCUGAGCGAAAGGAGACGGCUGACUCCUGGUCUAUAGCUGAUCAUAUAGAAUUUUAUGUCGGCAACGCAAAACAAUCGGCUCUAUACUACCAAUAUGCUUUUGGAUAUUCGCUAGAGGCAUACCGCGGACCUGAAACGGGCACUAAAGAUGCAGUAAGCUAUGUCCUCCGUCAAGGAAAGAUAAGAAUAAUACUUAGCUCUGCCCUCAUCGAUAAUCAUCCCAUAGCUGAACAUGUGGUCAAACAUGGAGAUGGAGUAAAAGUCUUGGCACUAUGGGUUGACAAUGCACGAGAAGCAUAUGAAGCGGCAAUUUCUCGAGGAGCGGAGUCGGCCUUUAAACCAUACGAAAUGUCUGACGGCUCUGGUACUGCAGUCCUGGCAGGUAUAAAGACCUACGGAGAAACAAUUCACACAUUAGUCGAGCGAAAGAAUUAUCGGGGUAUAUUUUUACCUGGUUUUGAAAGGAAGGAGCAAAGAAUACAGGAAGAUUCUGGUCUUCAAUAUAUUGACCACUGUGUCGGGAAUGUAGAAAUUGGAGAUAUGAAUCGCUGGGUUAAGUUCUAUCAGGAUGUUCUAGGCUUCAAGUUGCUUAUUACAUUUGAUGAUAAAGAUAUCUCAACUGAGUACACUGCCUUAAUGAGUAAAGUGGUUUCUAAUGGAAAUGGCUAUAUAAAGUUUCCGAUUAAUGAACCAGCUAAAGGAUUAAAAAAAUCUCAAAUUGAAGAGUAUCUCGAUUUUUAUAAAUCGGCCGGAGUUCAGCAUAUUGCAGUAGCUACUGACAAUAUCAUAGAAACGGUUACAAAAUUGAGAAAAAAUGGUGUUGAUUUUUUGAAAGUUCCGGACAACUAUUAUGACGAUGUUCUCGAUAGGGUAGGAGAAAUAGAUGAAGACAUUCUGGAUCUGAAGCGAUUGAAUAUUUUAGUCGAUAGAGAUGAUGAAGGUUACUUGCUUCAAAUUUUUACUAAGCCUGUUCAAGACCGUCCGACAGUAUUCUAUGAAAUUAUUCAAAGAAAAGGUGCUCAAUCCUUCGGAAAAGGAAACUUCAAAGCACUCUUUGAAGCCAUCGAGAGAGAACAAGCACUGAGAGGGACACUAUAG